AACAGCGAACAUUCCAAAGCCUCCCGGGUGCUGCCAAGAUCUCCUUAUCAUCUGUUACCCUCCUCCGGCUUUCUCUUCCCUACGCACCCCUAAACCUUAUCAUCUAUUACCCUUCUAUGCGCACCCUAUCCUUACCACAAGACUCAAUCCAAAACAGGAGGCUUGCAACAACCUGAACCAAAACCAAAACCAAAACCCUAAUACACACCCUCCGACUUCUUCAAUUUUCGUUCCUUUUCAGCACAGAACGGGGAAUCGCAUUCAUGGAGUCCAAGGAAGCGCCGUCGUUUCUUCUCUCAAACCCAUCGUCAGGUUCUUCUUCUAUCAAAAACCCUUCUUCUUUUGAUUAUGAAAUGGAUACUGUUGUCAAAACAAAUGGUUUGAAAACUCAUGCUAAAAUUAGAAGCAGUAGUAGUAGCAGUAGCGGUAGUAGUUCUGAUGAUGAUGAUGGGGGUUUUGUGAGUGGUGAAGAGGAGGUGUUCGAAACGGCGCCCGAUAGGCUAAUUCUGGACGACCCAGAUGAAGAAACCCUAAAAAAUGGCGCUGUAGGUGAGAAUACCGGCGACCCUUUUGUGGGUUCUUUGGAUUUUGCGAUGCCAAAUGCUGCAAUGCCAACACCGAUGGUGUCGGCCGAUGAUGAUGCUGAAAAAGGUCCUAAAGUUGGGGUUUUGGGGGUUGAAGAGGUUGAGGAAGAUAGGGUUGUGUUGGUGGAGGAAGGGAAGUUUGGUGUUGUUGAUGGAUUGGGGUCUAGUUCCAUUGUUAGGGAUGGUGUUACUGAUCCUAUUCUGUUUGAUGCCACAGAUUCUAAGGCAACUGGAGUUGAGGGCUUUGUGGAGAAGCCUAAAAUUCUGCAAGAAGCCAUUUUUGGUGAGAAGUCGAAUUUGAAUGAGUUAUUGGAGAAAAGUUGGGUUGAGGUUUUAGUGGGUAGUAAUGGAGAUAAGGUGGCUGAAAAUCCAAAAUCGGAUGAGGCCGUGAUUUCAGAGGAUGAAGGGAGUUUGGUGGCAGAGGAAGUGGGGGUGGAGGGAGGGAAGUUGAAGGGCGAGGAGGCUGUGGAGGAUAUGAAGCUCAAGGCGUUGGAUGGUGAGGAUUCUGUUUCUGCAGUGGAUGCUAAAGAGAGUGCCGAGGUGGUUGAAAAGUCUGCAGUUCAAAGCGGUGACAAGAAUCAAGUGUAUUCGGAGAUUGUGGAACCAACAGACUCUACGUUGGUUAAACCAGAUGAUGAGAAAUUUACCACCGAAGGAGACUCUAUUGUGGAAAAUAUACAUGUGAAUUUGUUGGAGCAGGGAGUGGCUGUUGUUGGGGAGAUGGAAGAAAACAAGGACUCAGAAACAGAAGGGGUGGUGGUCCCAGUCAAUGUGAGUGUGAAAUUAAUGAAUGGGUCUGAUCAGCGUAGCGAUCUUGUUGAAGAAGCUGUUGGAGUUGACUCAGAUUUUGACAAAAAUAUUGGACCUCUUACCAAUCACAAUGUUGAAACUACAGAAUCAGAGGUUGUAGCACUUAAAAGUGAUAGUGCUUAUAAAGAUGAAAAUUUGGACGUGGGAGCUGCUCUUACUAACCAGGGAAUUGGUGAAGGAAAUGAAACUCAGGAUUUUGUGAAAAAUAAUCAGAUUCCAGAAAUAGAAAUUGAGCCAGUAGCUGUUCCUGAGGUCAAAAUGAAUGAAUCCACAUUCAAGAUUGCUGCUGAUGAAGUAGGACAUGUGUCCAGUGAAGAAGCACUUGACACGGAUGGAGAUGGAGUGAAGGCAGUGGACUCUAAUUCAGCACACGAGGCAAAACAUGUUCACAGUGAUCGUUCCUAUUUAAAUGCUCUGGUUGAUGGAUUAGAAGAUGGGGUCUCCGGCAAGUCUCAGUCACCUAGAUCUGCUGAAACAAGUUUGACACUCGAACCACAAGUGGUACAAGAAGCUGAAGCAAAAGAUCAUACAGAUGAAGAAGUUGAACUUGAAGGCUCACUUUCAGAUGGAGAUACUGAUGGUAUGAUCUUUGGAAGCUCUGAAGCUGCCAAACAGUUUAUUGAGGAGUUGGAACGAGGAUCGGGUGCUGGCUCUCAGUCUGGUGCAGAGAAUUUCCUUGAUCAUUCACAGAGAAUUGAUGGUCAGAUUGUCACAGACUCGGAUGAAGAGGUGGACACUGACGAAGAAGGAGGUGGGAAAGAGUUGUUUGAUUCUGCUGCAUUGGCUGCUCUCUUAAAAGCUGCAACAGGUGCUGGUUCAGAUAGCGGCAAUAUCACAAUAACAUCUCAAGAUGGAUCUAGGCUUUUCUCAGUUGAGCGUCCUGCCGGCUUGGGAUCCUCACUUCAGGCUUUGAGACCUGCUCCAAGACCCAACCGGGGUUCAAACCUUUUUUCUCCAUCCAGUCUCACAAUGGGGGGAGAAGCGGACCACAACUUGAGUGAAGAAGAGAAGAAGAAGCUGGAGCAGUUACAGCUGAUACGGGUGAAAUUCUUGAGACUUGUCCAGAGAUUAGGUCGUUCUCCAGAGGAAUCCAUAGCAGCACAGGUUCUGUACAGGUUGGCACUUGUUGCAGGGAGGCAAACCAAUCAGCUAUUUAGCCUUGAUGCUGCCAAGAGGACUGCUAUGCAGUUUGAAGCGGAGGGGAAAGAUGAUUUGAACUUCUCUGUGAAUAUAUUGGUUCUAGGUAAAUCUGGAGUUGGCAAGAGUGCGACCAUAAAUUCUAUUUUCAGUGAAGAGAAGGCUCUAAUUCAUGCAUUUGAACCUGCCACUACUACUGUGAAGGAGAUUAGUGGAAUGGUUGAUGGAGUUAAAAUUAGGGUCUUUGAUACACCUGGUCUCAAGUCUUCUAUACUAGAACAGGCUUUCAAUCGCAAAGUCUUGUCUUCCAUAAACAAGUUCACUAAGAAAAAUCCCCCAGAUAUUGUACUUUAUGUGGAUCGGCUGGAUACCCAGACCAGAGAUCUUAAUGAUCUUCCACUACUUAGGACAAUCACCAGUUGUCUUGGCCCAUCUAUCUGGCGGAGUUCCAUAGUCACUCUUACUCAUGCUGCGUCUGCACCUCCGGAUGGACCAUCAGGUUCCCCUUUGAGUUAUGAAGUGUUUGUUUCGCAACGAUCCCAUGUUGUUCAGCAAUCUAUUGGGCAAGCUGUUGGUGAUCUCCGUAUGAUGAGUCCGAGUUUGAUGAAUCCGGUUUCUCUUGUUGAGAACCAUCCUUCAUGCCGUAAAAACAGAGAUGGCCAAAAGGUGCUCCCUAAUGGUCAAAGUUGGAGACCACAAUUACUGCUGUUAUGCUACUCUAUGAAGAUGUUGUCAGAAGCAAGUUCUCUCUCAAAACCUCAAGACCCGUUUGACCACCGGAAGCUCUUUGGUUUCCGUGUUCGCUCACCACCUCUUGCAUACAUGUUGUCUUCAAUGUUGCAGUCUCGUGCACACCCAAAACUCUCCACUGAUCAGAGUGUGGAGAAUGGUGAUUCUGAUAUUGAUUUGGCAGACCUGUCAGACAGUGACCAAGACGACGAUGACGACGAGUAUGACCAACUCCCACCAUUCAAACCUCUUAGAAAAUCUCAAAUUGCUAAGCUUAGCAAAGAGCAGAGAAAGGCAUACUUUGAGGAGUAUGAUUAUCGGGUGAAGCUCCUUCGUAAGAAGCAGUGGCAAGAGGAGUGUAAAAGAAUGAGAGAGAUGAAGAAGAAAGGCAAGGAUGGUGCAAAUGAUUAUGGUUACAUGGGGGAAGAUGCUGAUCAAGAAAAUUUCAAUCCAGCUCCUGUGCCGGUUCCAUUACCUGACAUGGCACUGCCACCUACCUUUGAUGGUGAUAAUCCAUCAUACAGGUACCGGUUCUUGGAGCCAACUUCACAGUUUCUCGCUAGGCCAGUCUUGGACACCCAUGGUUGGGACCAUGAUUGUGGGUAUGAUGGCGUCAACCUUGAACAGAGUCUAGCCAUUGCCAGUCAGUUUCCGGCAGCGGUUUCUAUUCAAAUGACGAAGGAUAAGAAAGAGUUUACCAUCCAUUUGGAUUCUUCGGUUGCUGCCAAGCAUGGGGAGAAUGGAUCGAGCAUGGUGGGCUUUGACAUUCAAAAUAUUGGAAAGCAACUUGCUUACAUUGUCAGAGGUGAAACCAAAUUAAAGAAUCUGAAGAAGAACAAGACGGCUGCGGGCAUAUCUGUUACCUUCUUAGGUGAAAAUGUGGCCACUGGAUUGAAGAUUGAGGAUCAGUUAACUUUGGGGAAGCAGUGGGUUAUGAUGGGUAGUGCUGGAACUGUCCGAUGUCAGGGUGAUGCAGCAUAUGGGGCCAAUUUGGAACUGCAGCACCGAGAAUUGGAUUACCCAAUUGGUCCAGUCCAAUCAACAUACAGCAUGAAUCUAAUAAAGUGGAGAGGAGACUGGGCUAUGGGAUUCAACACACUUGCUCAAUUCUCCACUGGACGUAAUUCGAAGGUAGCUGUUCGGGCAGGAAUCAACAACAAGCUCAAUGGUCAGAUCACUGUGAGAACAAGCAACUCGGAGAAUCUUUCACUGGCACUUGCGGGUAUUAUUCCAAUUGUCACUGCAAUUUACAAGAAAUUCUGGCCUUCUGUUGGGGAAAAUUACUCGAUCUACUAGAUCCUGUUUGUUUCACAUUGCAGUCUUUAGUUUAUGUUGGAAUGGCAUCAAAAAGUAGAUUACUGCUCAAGCAUAAAUUAGCUCUUAUCAUUGUAUUGAAUGAUGCUCGUGUUUUUUCAGUUUAGAACUUUUUCUGCUGUUACUUGGUUCUUGUUAUUUUGGCAUGACGUACUUUGUCUUGAUAAUGAGAUGUCAUUAAGAGGAAAUAGAGUACUAUCAUUGUUUUUGUAGCUCGAGUUUACUAAAUAAACUAUGUAUUCAUGCCAGUUUGUCUAUUCAUUGGAAGCAUCAAUCUGUUGUAUUGAAUUGUGUCGCUUGUUUAUAUGCAUAAUUUUUAUUUUUGUGA